CCAACCAAUACGACGCCGUCGAUUCUCCAUUUCAAAAUCCAAGGCUCCAAAAAAGCUCCCCAAAAACCUUUUGCUCUUCCCACAGCUAGCCACGUGUCACGCCAAGAGGCCCCACACUCGGUGUCCCACGUGUCAUCCGCCGUGGCAAGCUCCGGACCCGUACUCCAUCCACGUCAGCACUCGGCCAGAGUAUAAUACCUGAGAGCUUCUUCUGUCUUCCAAGAAGCUGUAAAGGUAAAUUUGAAGUAUGAAAGAGAACACAGAAGGUUCCAUCUUUUCAGUUCUUGUUCAAUUUUCGAUAUUACAAUGUUGAAUUGGCAAAUGUUUGGUCCUCAAGAAGUGAAAGAAGUUCAGUUUUUCCAGUAAGUGUUCAAUAUCCUAUUGUUAUUCUAGAUGUUGAUCAAUAAGGAGAGGAAAUUUGUAGUCUACUGUUUUAGUUUAUGGAAGUUGAAAAAUGUAGAAUUGGAAAAGAAUUAGGGGCCUUUACCUUUCAAUUUUGCAGUGAUAUUAUGUUUGGAUUACAGGCUUUUAUGCAAGAAAACUAUUAGGAAGCUAGCUAUCAGUUACUGUGUUUUCAAUUUUGAGGAUUAUGAAACUUCAUACCAUAUUCUAAUGAAUGGAAUUAAAUGGGGUUGUGUGUAUUAAGAUUAGUAUCUUCAAACACACGGAGGGAUUUCCCAUGUAGCUUAUCUCAGUUUCUUACUUUUAGUUUAGGUGUUAAUCACCAAAUAGAAAUAGUGUUAGAUGCUGAAGGUUGAAACUGAAUAAUUGAAGAAGAAUUAGGGGGGCCUUAUCUUUUGGAUUUGAUUUGAUUUGAUUUGAUGAUUCAAUUGUAUUUUGUCUUGGUAAGAAAUCAUUAGGAAGAAAUCUGUGGUUAUAGGUUACUAUACUCUGGCUACAUAAAUCAUACAAGUGCAAGGUACAACUAUUUUCCUUUUGAAUUUGACUGUUUUUAUUUUGAGGCUCUUGGAACUAUAUACCAUUUUCCAAUGCAAGAAACUUUUUAACGACUUGUGUGUGUUAAGACUUGUAUCUUGAAGACAACGGGAUGUGCAAUCUAGCGAAAUGGGGAAAGUUCGGGUGAAUAUCAAUGGUCCAGUAACCAAUAAAGAGAGUGCGGAUUUAAAUUGCCAUACUGAAGAUGAGAACAAGGAGAUUAGCGGUGCUGUUACAGGAGUCUUGGGAGAGGGCCAAGGGAUCUUAAAGCAAGAUGAAGUGCAGGUUACUGACAAUCUGCAAGUCGUAAAUGAUGCACAAACAGAAGCAGUCCAGGUUCAGGUCCUCAGUCAGUCUGGCCAGCAAAGUUCGGAACAACAGCUUCAAGACCCUUCUCUUUUCUGGGAAGGGUUCCUGCCUACCAAGUCUCUCAAGGUUUUGGUAGUGGAAGAUGAUGAUUCAACUCGGCGUGUCAUUUGUGCAUUACUGCAGAAGUGUGGCUAUGAAGUAACAGCUGUAGCUAGUGGAUUGCAAGCUUGGAAUAUUUUAAAAGAUCAUAGUAUUCAUGUCGAUCUUGUUUUAACUGAGGUUGUCAUGCCUGGUCCAUCAGGCAUUGACCUCCUAAGCAAGAUGAUGAGCCAUGAAACUUGCAAGGAUAUUCCUGUGAUUAUGAUGUCAUCUAAUGAUUCUUUGAGUAUGGUGUUUAAGUGUCUAUCAAAGGGUGCGGUUGACUUUUUAGUGAAGCCUAUUCGAAAGAACGAGCUUAAAAAUCUUUGGCAGCAUGCUUGGAGGAAAUGCCGGAGCUCCAGUGGUAGUGCAAGUGAAAAUGGUGUCCAGACUCAAAAAACUACGUCGACAAGUGAUGAAGAGUCAGACAAAAACACUGGCAGUAAUCAUGAGGAUGACAAUGAAAUCAUUGGGGUUAAUGCUAGGGAUGAAAGUGACAAAGGAAGUGGCACUGAGAUUACUCAGGCUAUUAUUCGUUCAAGUCCUGAAGCAUUUGGAAAUGACUUGGUUCCUGCAGUUACAACAAGGGAGUGUGAAGGGCAGAAUGAAGAGCUUGGCACAGACUUGGGUAUGGGAGUUCCUAAAAUUCCAAAUCUGCAGCUUGAAGAACCAAAAGAGAAAGACUUGAUCAACAUAGUUGUCACUAAUAAAGACAAACUUUCUAAAAUGAAGUCACUGAAAGAGGAUGAUAAGCUAAAGAAAGGCCAAGUGGAGCUCAACAAUGAAAAACCAAAUGAGCACUUGGAAAACCAAGCAGUUGAUCUGAUAGGUGUCACCACUAACAGUACCACUGAUCCUCAGAUGCAAAGUGGUAUGUUUAACACCCCGUGUAGUGUCUCCAAAGUUCCCGGCAUAAGAGAUAAGGACAUCAAUGACAGCAAAGAAAUUGCUUCCCUUGAGCUCAGUUUAAAGACAGUUAAGACACAGACAGAUGCUCGAGAUACUGGGUUCCGUGUCCAUGACCAAAAUGCUUUGAGACAUUUGGACCUUUCAGCCCCCUCAAGGUACAAAUUUCCUACAACUGCUAAUCAGGCUGGAAGUGUGAAACUUGCUAGUCAUUCUCCUCUAGAUAGUAUCUCGGAGGAAGAAAAGGCCAAACUAUUGCCUGUUUUUCUGUGUAACUUAACCAGCACUCCCCUUUAUCAUUCCAAUGACUGCAGUAACAACAACCGCAUGGACUCCGCUACAAAUGAUUUCCUUGCAGAACAAAAGGCAGUUGAGGACAAACCAGAGCUGAAAUCAACAAUCAAACAUCUCCAGUCUUCCUCUGCCUUCCAACCACACCAUGAUAGCCUUUUAUCUUUUUCCCACCAGCCUAUAAUUCAAGGGAAGGCUGAUGCUGCAUUUGGUAGCACUAUAUUGGCACAAGGAAGGGGGAUGAAUCAGCAGGUCCAGGUGGAGCACCAUCAUCUCCAUUACCACCAUCACCACCAUGUGCACAGCAUACCCCAGCACCAGCAGAUACCCAAUCAUGAUGAGUCAUCUGGAAAAAAUAUGGCAGCGGAAGAUCCAUGCUUUGGGCCAUCUCAUGUGCUGGGUACACCGAUAGAAGGGAAUGUUGGUAAUCACAGUGUGCAUGUGAGUGAGUACUCUGGAAGUGACCAUAGUAGUGAUGAACAGAAUAUAAGUAGCUCUCCCAUAGAUUCUAGAGGAGAAAAAGAGGGAACCAUCAGCCCAAUUGAAGUUGGAAGCAAAAGUGGAGUUGAUCAGAAUCAUGUAUCAAAAAGAGAGGCUGCUUUGAAUAGGUUCCGCCAGAAGAGGAAAGAGAGAUGCUUCGACAAGAAGGUCAGAUACCAAAGCAGGAAGAAACUAGCAGAUCAAAGACCACGUGUCCGUGGAAAGUUUAUUCAACAGGAGGUGCAUGAAAACAAAGGCAAGGACACCCAUUGCUGAGCUUGACAGUGUGUGUGGAAUCUUGUUCUUAUAAUGUUGCACUCAAGAAUGUCACUUACUACAUUUGGCAGUCAAAGAUUACAGAACUACUAAAUAAAGACCAAGUUUAUCGUGUGAUGAUAAUAAAAGCAUGAUUUAUAUUUCGUGCUUGUAGACUGAAAAUGGCUACAAUUUCUACUCUGAAGAAGGUGGUAAUCUGCGAAAGGGUAGUCUCAUCCAAUAAACUUCAUUUUCAGUAAUCUGUAAUAAUAAAAAAAUUUGGUAUUUGUAACACUUGAUGGUUUGAAGAACUAUUUUGUUAAUGGCAGCUUCUGUUCUUUGUUUACUUUUCGGUGAUUCCUGUAUUGAAAUAUGUUCAUUCAUGUAUGGAUCGACCUUAUUCUUAGACUCA